GGCGGGCCGGGGUCCGAGGUGCUCGGAGGCCCCCGGGGCCGGGGCGAGGGGAGCGCGGCGGGCACGCGCGCCAUGAACCCGAAGGAGGCCGGUGAGGAGGAGGACUGCGUGGACUCGGGCGCCGAGACCGGAGGGUCCGACUACAGCCAUCUGUCCUCCACCAGCAGUGAGCUUUCUGUGGAAGAGGCACAGGACCCUUUCCUGGUGAGCACCCACAUCAUCGCAGAUCCGGGGGAGUCCCAGCCACUGCAGGAGGCCAUCGACAAAGUUUUGGCAUGGGUCCACCCUGACCUCCCACUGUUCCGAGUGUCUGAGCGACGCACAGGCAGGCGAAAGCGGAAGUCCCCCAAGGGCGCGCAGCCGGCGCUGGCCGUGGUGCUGUUCCUUCAGGAGGAGUACGGAGAAGAGCAGAUCCUGCAGGUGCACCGCGUGCUGCAGCGGCCACCCUGGCGCCACCACCACACAGAGCGCGUGCAAGGCCGAUUCCUACCCUACCUGCCCUGCAGCCAGGACUUCUUCACUCUGGCUCCCGGAACCCCGCUGUGGGCCAUCCGGCCUGUGCACUAUGGCAAGGAGAUAGUACGCUUCACCGUCUACUGUCGCCACGACACCUACGCAGACAGCCUCCGCUUCUAUGAGCUGAUCCUGCGCCGGAGCCCCAGCCAACGCAAAGCGGACUUCUGCAUCUUUCCCAUCUUCUCCAACCUGGAUGUGGACAUCCAGUUCUCCCUGAAGAGACUGCCCUGCGAUCAGAGCCCAGUGCCCACCGACUCCUCCGUGCUCGAGUUCCGAGUGAAGGACAUCGGGCAGCUGGUGCCCCUCCUGCCCAACCCCUGCAGCCCCAUCAGCGAGGGGCGCUGGCAGACUGAGGACCACGAUGGUAACAAGAUCCUUCUGCAGGCACAGAGGGCACACAAAAAGGUCCCCAAGGGCAGUAGAGCACACCGCUCUUCUGAGAAGAAGCCUCACUCCACCCCUCCCUCAAGCAUCGACGCACUGAGCACAGCACAGGGCAGCAGCCAGAGCACCCUGCAUGACAGCCCAUUCCCGGGAUCCAGCCAGAUGACCCCGCUUCCCAGAAAUGAGCAGGACCGUACCCCACAGUCGAGCACCUCCGGCCCUGCCUGGUCCUUCCAGAGAAGCAAGUCUUUGUUUUGUUUGCCCAGCGGAGGCUCCUCCCCCUCUGAACCACAGCCACUACCAACUGGUUCCCCAAGACACAGUGCAUCAGAGUGGAAGCCCAGCCACCUCAUGUCCAUUGAUGCCUUAGAGGGGGCCCAAGAGACAGAUGUGGACACGGGCCUACGGCUGUCCUCCUCGGACCUGUCUGUGGUCUCUGCAUAUUCUGCACCCAGUAGGUUUUGCAACAUAGCGGAGGCAUCUCUCCCUUCCAAGAGGUGCAGCAGCCACUGGCCAGCGCACAAGAGUCCCAAGGAAGGACCAAUGCCUGCUGCCAGUGAGGUGAGCCCAGACGCCUCCCGAGUUUCCCAGCCUUUCUUCACCAGAGGCUCUCCCAGCCCUGCAGAGACAACUCCUGCAGCUCUCUCAGCUUCCGCUGCCUCCAUGCUCCGAGGGCCAUCCACACAGCUCCCUUGUCAUGACCCCAGAGCCACACAGGGCGGCCAAGAGGUGCCACUGCCCCCGACAACACUGGGUCCCGAGGAUGAUGACAUGGAAGAGUUCUACAUCUGAGCAUGUCUUGGUUUUCAGACAGACUCGGUCGCAGGAGCUUGGGUACCACUGCCCUCUACUCUUUGUUCACGGGGUGACCUCAGUCCCGUUGGCCAGCUCUGACUAGAACUCAGUUAUCUGUCUUGGGAGAUAGUUACCACAUUGUCUAUGCCACCUAUCCUUAACUGACAGGUGGUGUAUUUCUAGAGGCUCAGAGGGAAAAAAAAGAAAACACCUGACAUUUUUAUGGAAAUAAAUUUUCAACACACUUAAAUCAUAAAAUCUAUUUUUGAAUGCUCAAUUAUACAAAUUUAAUGUUUCAUAUAAUUAUUUGAAAUGAAAAAAAAAAAAAACAUAGCCAGAGCUGACUUGACGAUUAUUCAUACGGUGAAAGUAAAAUAAUGAAAGCCAAAAUGUUGAAUGGGAAAAGGACUCCAAGUGAUUGGUAUCAGAGCUUGGUGUGCCAUGAAUGGGGGCCUUCCUGGUUCCCCAGAGACACACAGGGACCAAGGACUCUAGAAUCACAAAGUCCUUCCAGCGGAUGCUUCGUAGGAAAGCUGUCAACUACGUCAGACAGCAGAAUGCCUUGCUGUGAAGCCAUUCAGCACUUGAAACUCACAGUCUGUACACAGCUGGCUAACAAGCCUUAUAAAGUCUUAGCAUGAGAAGCCAAUGCCUUGCACACUUACAGAGUAACCCGAGUUAUGAAACCUAGUUUUGCGCGCUCUCCCACAGCCGAUUCUUGGUAGUAAGCAAGCGUGCAGAGCGUCCCCCCUGGACUGAUUUGUGUACGAGAACUCAUUGCCUGCAGUUACGAGUAACGGGUUAAUGAGGUGUGAUUGGGGAAACACUCAAGAGAUUCUCUGGCUUUAAGAAAAGCACACUCUUAAGGGCUGCAUACAUCUCUCCAUAAAUGACCAGAGCCAUCUUUUGUAGCACUGUCUCCGGUAAACAGUCUGAAUGUCUGGAACAUUUUUGGCUGUCCUUGUGAUUGUAUAUGUGAGCAAAUGCCCUGCUCCCCAAAGUAGGAAAAUACGUGCAGUGCCCCACAAGGCCAUCCUCCUGUGAGUGCACAGGAGCGUUAGGGAAAGCAGGGGUGAUGCAGCCAUGCUGGCUUUCCCCAGCUCUUGUCUGUUGCUACCACUGUGUAAAUGGUGGUUAGACCUCCUGUAACGCUAAGUUUACAACCCCAACCUCACCAAUGCCAAGCUCCGCCUUUGGGGGCAAUGCCAAACUAUCCCUAGAUUCUGUUUAGCCUUGGGAAAGAAAAGCAUGGGUGUGUACUCUGCCCAUCGUGGUGCUUCUUGUCUAAAUUACUCAUGGGUGAGUCUUCUCUCUGGAAGGGCCCACACCAGCACAGACACAGCCUCAGACCCUUUCCAGCAGGGACUUCAGGCUCUCUUUAAUCAUCGCCAUCAGUCAGCCUCAGGUUCACCAGCCUCACAAAGAAAGCCCAAGGCUCUACCUUGUCUCAGCCAUUUUGGACUUCCCAGGACUCUGAAAUCUGCUCCCAUGUAAAUAAAUUAAAAAAAAAAAAAAGUGGUCUCUUCUUAUUCUGGACCAGGAGUAAGCCAACUUCUGAAAAGGGCUAGAUAAUAAAUACUUUAAACUUUGUCAAUCGUGUUUUAAACUUUAUCCAGAUAUGUUGCUAUUGCUUCUAUUGCAGCAUGAGAAAUAAAAUAUAUGUGAAUGGGA